GUCUGCUCAUAGGUGAUCUCUGGAGAUUACUUUGACCACCUUGUCCAAGAUUCCUUGUAUGUUACAUGGCAGGAGGGCUGGGUAGACUUGGGGAUAGUGAAGACAUCACAUUAAUCAAGAGCUUUCUUCAUGUCUCAAAACCCAUCCUCAGUAAGAAUGGCAGAUAAGGUUGAUUGGUUACAAAGCCAAAAUGGAGUAUGCAAAGUUGAUGUCUAUUCACCCGGAGACAGCCAACCACAGGAGUGGAAAAUGGAUGAUUCAACAGAUCCUGUCCGAGUGCUCAGCUGGCUCCGCAGAGACCUGGAAAAAAGCACAGCAGGGUUCCAAGACCUUAGGUUCAAGCCCGGAGAAUUACCAUUUAGUGAGGAAAUGGUCAACCCAGGAGAUGUACGCAAGGGUUUUGCAGUAGACUAUUAUAACACCACUGCCAAGGGUAGUCCAGGAAGAUUGCAUUUUGAGAUGACUCACAAAGAGACUCCUCAGGGCCCCAGUGCCCAAGCUGGUAACACAAGUUCAGUGGAUGAAGUUUCCUUCUAUGCCAACCGCCUCACAAACCUAGUCAUAGCCAUGGCCCGCAAGGAGAUCAAUGAGAAGAUUGAUGGCUCUGAACAUAAAUGUAUCCAUCAUUCACUAUAUAUGGGGGAUGAACCUGCACCUCCAAAAAGCCUGAGUACGGUAGCCUCAGAGCUGGUGAAUGAGACUGUCUCUGCAUGUCCCAAGAAUGUGGCCUCAGACAAGGCUCCUGGCUCUGGAGACAGAGCCUUUGGAUCAUCACGGAGUCCCCCAAAGUUUAAAUACAAGACCACUUUGAAGAUCAAGGAAAACAAGGGCCCAGAUGAUAAGCCUUCUUCUAAAAAGUCGUUCUUCUAUAAGGAAGUGUUUGAAUCUCAGAAUGUAGGAGAUGCCAAAGAAGGUGGAAGAUCCUUACCUGUAGACAGAAGGCUGUUCAGGGGACAAGAAAGGCCUGAUGACUUUUCUUCCUCCGUUAGUCAAGGGAUCAUGACCUAUGCCAAUAGUGUAGUAUCUGAUAUGAUGGUCUCCAUCAUGAAAACACUGAGGAUCCAAGUGAAAGACACAACCAUUGCCACCAUCCUGCUGAAGCAGGUACUGAUCAAGCAUGCAAAAGAGGUCGUCUCGGAUCUCAUAGACUCCUUCAUGAAGAACCUCCACAAUGUCACAGGGACCCUCAUGACUGAUACAGACUUUGUCUCAGCUGUGAAAAGAAGUCUCUUCUCUCAGGGAAGCCAAAAGGCCACAGAUAUCAUGGAUGCCAUGCUGGGUAAGCUAUACAAUGUGAUGUUUUGCAAGAAAUUCCCUGAGAAUAUCAGGAAAACCAAGGACAAGAGUGAGAGUUAUUCCCUCAUCUCCAUGAAAGGAAGAGGUGACCCUAACUGUCGAAACAUGAACUUUACAAUGAAAUCUGAAGCUAAGAUGAGAGAAAAGUUGUAUUCUGCAUGCAAGCCAGAGAAGGAUAAAACUUGUGCCGAAACCCUGGGUGAACACAUCAUCAAAGAGGGACUGACCAUGUGGCAUAAAAAUCAACAGAAAGAAUGCAAACCUCCAGGGAUGGAACAUGCAACAUUUGCAGCUUCCCACAAACAGUGUAACCCUGAGCCAGACAUUUCCUUUGAAUGUCAGGAUGAUUGCAACUACAGUCCUCCUUUGCAAUGCCCAGAAAAACUUGAGAAUUUUAUGUGUGAUUCAGACUCCUGGGCCAAGGACCUGAUCGUAUCUGCCCUACUUCUGAUUCAAUACCACCUGGCCCAGGGAGGAAGAAUGGAUGCCCAGAGCUUCCUCAAAGCUGCUAGCUGCACCAACCUUCCUACCAACACGAAUCCUCUAGCUCCUGAUGGGUCCAGAAUCAAGUCUCCUCUAAAAGGAUGUGAGCAAGAACAAACAGAAAAGAAGGAUCUAAUGAGUGUUAUCUUCAAUUUUAUACGGAACUUACUUGGUGAGACUAUUUUCAAGAGUGACCGUGGCUGUCAACCCAAAGUGCCUGAACAGCCAGUUAAGGAAGAAGAAGUCAACCAUUGUGAAAGACCCAUGACCCCUUCUCCUACCAAACUCUCUGAUUGUGAGGAGACUGGUGGUACCUUCUCUGGGCUGACCAAGAUGGUUGCCAACCAGUUAGAUGGCCACAUGGAUGGGCAGAUGGUGGAACAUCUGAUGGACUCAGUGAUGAAGUUGUGCCUCAUUAUUGCCAAGUCCUGUGACUCUCCCUUGGCAGAGCUGGGAGAUGAUAAAUCUGGGGAUGCCAGCAGGCCGAACUCACCCUACCCAGAUAGUUUAUUUGAGUGCUUACCAGUCAAGGGCACUGGGACAGCGGAAGCUCUCCUGCAGAACGCCUAUCAAGCCAUCCAUAAUGAACUGAGGGCUACAUCUGGACACCCACUUGAAGGAUGUACAAUCCCCAAGGUGAUUGUCAGCAACCAUAACCUCGCUGACACAGUGCAGAACAAACAACUCCAAGCUGUUCUUCAAUGGGUAGCUGCCUCUGAGCUCAAUGUUCCUAUUUUGUACUUUGCCGGUGAUGAUGAAGGGAUCCAGGAGAAGCUACUCCAGCUCUCGGCGGCUGCUGUGGACAAAGGACGGAGCGUGGGGGAGGUUCUGCAGUCAGUGCUGCGCUACGAAAAGGAGCGACAGCUGGACGAGGCAGUGGGAAAUGUCACACGGCUGCAGCUGCUGGAUUGGCUGAUGGUGAACCUGUGA